AUGGACAAGAAUCUGCCCCUCUCCAAUUUCUACGGCCAGCGCGCGGCCUCUCUUCGGCGUCAUCCUGCCAUGAGCCUGCAACAGAUCGUGGGCGCAGGAGCAUGCGAAGCUUGUCGCGGCCGCAUCACAAAGUGCUCGACCGAACGUCCCCAGUGCUCAGAGUGCCGGAAGCGGCACACGCCAUGCAACUACGCCCUUCAGUCUCCGGCCCGGCCCGUGGCUGCCAGGCGCAGACACCAUGGCCAGAUGCACCCUCACCCCAAUCGUGCACUCGAGCGUGUCUUUGCCCACCUGCGCUCCCAACCCCUUGAUGUCGCCCAUGAGCUCCUCAGCCAACUUCGUCGCGGCACCGAUGUGCACACCGUUCUACGCUUCAUCGAAUAUGGCAGCCUCCGCCUCCAGCUCAUGCUGGUCCCAGACACGACUUACCAGUUCACCUCCCCCUAUCUCGCUGACAUGAUGCCGCUGUUUGACGGUACUGAUAACCCCUACCUCACCUCGAGGCUGUACAAGGCCCUGUCGCACAAGACACCCCACCAUGGCACCGAGAUACACGAGCAGACAUACCACGCCAUCUUCCAGGUGCCCUAUCACGGCGCCCGCAUGUACGAUCCGCGAAUGUCCCCAGGUUCCCUGAGGCCGUCCAGGUGGACCUCGAUAAGCGACGACGACGUCUUUCUCACCCGCCUUCUCGAGUGCUACUUCCUGUACGAGUUCCCGCUAUGGCCCUGCUUCCACAAAGAUCACUUCCUCGAUGACAUGACCACUGGAGAGACUGAUUACUGUUCACCGCUACUUGUUAAUGCCAUUCUCACGGCGGGUUGUCACGGCUUGUCCACGCUCGAGCAGAGGGCUGAGUUUUGGAACCUCAACACCUAUAGCUAUCGAUGCAUGGCCGAGACCAGACGGCUGUGGGAGCUAGAACAGUCGCAGAAUGUGUGUAGCCUUUCAUCCGCCCAAGCAGCCACCAUCUUAGGCCGAAUAUACUUUGCCAAUGGUAUGGAUAAAAUGGGGUGGACGACAUGGUCUCACGCCCUGGAGCUUGCGGAUAGACUAGACUUGUUUGACAAGGCCGCGAAAUACAAAAGCGAAAAGGACCGCGUUUCAAGAACCAUCACAGCUUGGGGCAUCUUUUCUCAGCAAGCGUUCUCUUGUUUUUACCUCAUGAAGCCACCACUCUCUAAAAUUCCGCCCGAGGAUGGCCUGCCCGAUUAUCGAGACGCACACAAUUUCUUUGGCGAGAUUUGGGUCAAAUACCCUCUUGUGAAACAUCUGACCCCUACCUAUCUGGGUCAGACUUUCCUGUCGCUCAUCAAGCUUAGAUGUAUCAUGAAUGAUAUAGCUGGAAAGGCUCUUCAAGAAAACAACGGACAGAACGAACUUGAUCUUCAGCAGGCCGGUCGUUAUCAUGCUAUGCUGUUUCAAUGGUUCCGUGAUCUGCCGGACCCGCUGCAGCCCCAGAAUGCUGCCAUGCCGACACAGCUUCUCCUACAUAUGCAGUUUCAUAACCUCGUUACUAUGACUUUCCAUCCGUUCCUGGAACACGAGACGUCUUUCAACCAGCCCAACGACAGAGAAGCGUUCCAGAAGUAUGCUGGCUUCAGUCCGGCACGAUUGUAUACCGCCUCCAAAGCGAGUCUCCAGACACUCCUUCACAUGUUUUACCAUCGUCACGGCUUCGAAGCAUACUACAUAUUUCUGCUCCAGGUCCUCGUCCAGCUGGGCUUCGACUCGAUAGAGCGUCUGCGCUCCCCGGAAGCGCAACAAAAGCAGUUCCCAGCCAUAAUGAAAGCCACAAGAGCCACACUCAUACUGUGCGCCAAAGGCUUGCGCGAUCAAGGCCAAAACUUCUACCUGGCUGAACUCGUGUUCCGCAUUCUGCGCGACAAGAUGGAUCCUGUGGAUGUUAAGCUGCUCAAGGACUGGGCGCACAUCAAAGACGAAGACAAGAGGGAACAAUCGAUGACGGAGCACGUGCAUGGCGAGUACCCUGUGAAUGUAUUGUCAAUUACCUCGGAUCCUACCGAACAACGUUUGAAUCGGCUGUUGCAGUCCAUGGGUGACCUCAAGCUCCCUAAUGAUACUGCCGAACCAACUCAGCAAGAGAGGGCAUCCAGGACGUGGCGAAGCAUUGUGUUUUAA